CUAUGUGAUCAUAAUAAUGGCUUUAUUCUGGUGCACAGAAGCUCUUCCACUGGCUGUCACUGCUCUCUUCCCAGUGGUGCUCUUUCCUAUGAUGGGUAUCAUGGACUCUACAUCUGUAUGCAGUCAAUAUCUGAAAGAUACCAACAUGCUCUUCAUUGGAGGACUACUAGUGGCAAUAUCAGUCGAGAAAUGGAAUUUGCACAAACGGAUAGCCCUGAGGGUGCUGCUGAUUGUUGGAGUCAAACCUGCCCUGUUGCUUCUGGGAUUCAUGCUUGUUACAGCCUUCCUCUCAAUGUGGAUCAGUAAUACUGCCACAACAGCCAUGAUGAUACCAAUAGCUCAGGCUGUUCUGGAGCAACUUUACACCUCUGAAGAGAAACUGGAAGAGUAUUCGCCUGAAAUCAACAGCAUGGGCAAGAGUGAUGGACACCUUAAUGGGAAUGUGAACCAGGCCUUAGAGAUGCAGGAAGAACAUUUCACAGUCUCACUCAAACAGGAGAAUCCAGGUGUAGCUACAUUUGUGAUUGAUCUAGAGGAUGACAAAUUGAAGCAAGAGAAACAAGAUCUAAGGCUGCAGAAGCACCUCAAGCUAUGCAAGGGCAUGAGCCUCUGUGUGUGCUAUGCUGCCAGCAUAGGGGGCAUUGCAACAUUAACUGGCACCACACCCAACCUUGUAUUGAAAGGACAGUUGGACGAGCUUUUCCCUGGGAACAACAAUAUCAUCAAUUUUGCUUCAUGGUUUGGUUUUGCCUUCCCUACCAUGAUACUGUUGCUUGCUUUUGCCUGGUUCUGGCUGCAGAUCAUGUUCCUGGGAAUUAACUUCAAAAAGAAUUUUGGCUGUGGUGAUAACCCAGAGCAGAUGGAAAAAGAGAAGCGAGCGUACAAAGUCAUCUCUGCUGAGCACAAGAAGCUGGGUUCUAUGACCUUUGCAGAGAUCUGUGUUCUGGUUUUAUUCGUCUUGUUGGUUAUCUUGUGGUUCUCAAGGGAACCAGGUUUCAUGCCAGGCUGGGCAACUAUCAGCUUUAAUAAGCAAGGAAAAGAGUAUGUUACAGAUGCCACAGUUGCUGUAUUUAUAUCCCUCAUGCUGUUUAUAUUCCCUUCUGAAUUUCCCUCAUGUAAGCCCAAGGACCCCAAGCAGACAGGACAGAAGAUAAAAGCCUUUGUGCCACCGCCUCUUCUGGACUGGAAGACUGUAAGCCAGAAGAUGCCAUGGAACAUAGUUUUACUGCUGGGAGGAGGAUUUGCUCUUGCUAAAGGCAGUGAGGAAUCUGGACUAUCAAGAUGGCUUGGAGAGAAACUGACUCCCCUGGAGAGUAUACCCCCUGCAGCUAUAGUCUUGGUGCUUUGCUUGCUUGUCGCUACGUUCACAGAAUGUACCAGUAAUGUUGCCACUACUACGCUUUUCCUACCCAUCCUGGCAUCUAUGGCAAAAGCCAUACACCGGAACCCAUUAUACAUCAUGCUGCCAUGCACCCUCUCUGCCUCCUUUGCAUUUAUGUUACCAGUGGCUACACCACCUAAUGCCAUAGCCUUUUCAUACGGGCAGCUCAAGGUUGUUGAUAUGGCUAAAGCUGGAUUUAUGUUGAAUAUCUUAGGAGUACUUGUUAUUACACUGGCCAUUAACAGCUGGGGGUUUUAUAUGUUUGACCUGGGUGCAUUCCCUUCUUGGGCAAACUCCACAGGAAAUCCAUAGCAACAUACUGUAUUAUUAUUAUUAUUUCCAUUUGGAGGCGACCUAUAUUCAGCAAAUUGUUGCAGAGAUUCCAGAAAUCACUGUGGAAGGCUUUUUCGGGUUUUGUGAAAUCCUCCUUGGAUAAUAAUGGUCUCAAGAAACCUGACUACUUAUUGAAUUCCAGCUUACAGUCUCCAUAGUGCUCUGGAUACAGAAACAACCAUGGUCUUUCCAGAAGACAACCUUGCAGGGAAAGCAACUCAGUAGCCAUUUCUUUGCGAAGAACAAAUCUUGGACAAUUCACUCUGCAAAAUUCUCAGUUCACAGUUUAAAAUGUCCUCCUAGUCCUAGUCAGAAUAGAAAAAAAGGUACACUUGCUGGACCAGAAAAAUAUAAUUUGUGGAAACAUUUGUUUACAAAGUAGAUAUUGCACUCCACUAAUUAUAUAUGGACAAAAGGAUGGAA